CACUCCCAUCAGUUUCCGAAAUGUCGGCCUCAAAACUGGAAAAGAAAAUAUGGACUUUGGAGACGCGGCUAAGACAGGAAUUUGAGGAGGAGCUGCAAGCGAUUAGCAUCCGCAUGGAUUACUUGGAAACCCAGCUGAGCAUGCGACCCGAGCAACCGGAGGCUGAGAACCUGAAAGGCUUCCAGGUUGACAUGCCCAGAGAGGAGGUGAAGACAGCUCCGCCAGUGCGGAAGAGUCGGGUCUCCAGAUUUUCCAACUCCGUUGCUGUGGUGCCCAUGGAGGAUGGUGCUGCUGAAGCUGAUGCUCCACAUGGGCGACCACAGCGGUGGGUUCCACUGGAGCCUGUGGCUUUCUUGGAAUCGACCUGGAAUUUGGUUCUGGUGCUUGGAUAUACGGAGUCAGGCUGGCUGGACGUGCUGAUUGCCUGUCUCAUGCUGUUGGUCAGCGCUGGGCUGCAGAUCACCUUCAGCAUCAUUCUACUCAGCAAGGACUUUUUGGGCGACCCUUUCACGUCACAAAUCGACGCUGCGAACUCCUGGAGACGGAAGGUUGCUCAUGACUACAAGCACAUGGACCUGGCUCAGACCAGUCUCGUGAGCCGCGUAUGCAAUCAAGCUGAUGGCUUAAUUGUGUCCAAUGAUCAAGCAAGCUUGAUUGGGCAGAUCAACUCCUUUUUGGGUCUGGCUACUGCAGACUUUGAGCCUGCGGGUCUGAGACCAGGCAUUUUGCUUUGCAUGCUUUGCAUCCUGUUGUGGUGCCUAUAUCUUUGCAAUGAGUUUCGCAUGAUCUUCGUCUCCUUGGAGGCUGUAAGUCAAGUCCCUCGUGGUUGGAGAACCAAAGUGAUCGACGGACGCUUCAUCGUCAUGUCAUACGUGCGAUUUACCAUGUACUGUUUGAUGCGCUUCGCGCGUGCGGUCAUUGCUGGAUUGCUCCUGUAUGCUGGCAUUGUUUGGCUCGCAAACACAACUUCUAUUACGGACCUCAUGCUAAACGCGGUAGCUUUGGGAGCAGUGCUGGAUGUGGACGAAAUGUUCUUUGCCGCACUCAUGCCGAAGAAAAUCCAAAUCAAAAUCCAGGAUUUGGAGGCCAUCAAGAUUACGUACUCGCAGCGACGGAGCCAAGUGGAGUCGGUCUUGCUGGUGUUGGCGAUGAUUCUGCUGAUGUUUUGGCCCUGGUACUUCCUGGUGGAACCCUUGGGGGAGUCAAUGAAGGAGGUGAAGGUGGCUUAUUGUGGUGGCUACCAGGACUUCGUUGUGGCAGUCAAUGAAAACCUAGGCGUACCGGUUGCGUUUCGCACCACAUCAUUCGCGGAUGCACAAGUGAAUGAAAGCUUGAUCGAAUAUUCUGUGGAUGAAUUCCUCCACCAAAAGGACACAAGUUCUUCUGAACACCUCAGGUUUGCCUUUUCCUCUGGAGAUUUUGAGACAAAGCGGACCGAGACGGUCUCGACAACUGCGACGAGCCAUUUACUCUGUAUGGAUUUGGAUACCUGGUUUUUGGAUGGCGUGGAUCAUGAGUACAGGGCCACUUAUGCUCCCUUUUGGUGGUCAGCCGCUGCUGGUUUGAACUUGCCAGCCACCAGCAGCUGCGCCAACAUGUCAGGAUAUUGCGAUACUUCUGAAGGUAGUCUUCUGCGAUUGGUUUGCCCAGUAACUUGCGGAUGUUCUUCUGCCGGAAGCAAUCCUUGGUACAAGGUCACUUCAGGCGGCUGUCCGACCAAAUGCGAUACAAUUCGAUCGCAGGCAGUUGAGACAAUGCAGUGCGCGGAUACAGAUGGCUUCAAUUGGGAAGACUUCUGGAGUGCCUACCCAGACAUCAUGUCGACCUACUUGAACUUGGAAGACGCAGCCAGUGAUGCCAACGUCGCAGCGUUGGUGACUCUCAUGAAGGCCAACAACAGCUGUGCUGGCCUUGCCAAUGCAGGAGCAGAACCUCUGUCUUUGGGCUCAUGGUGUGAAGGGCUUGACAGUCUUUGGUCACCCUUGGCAUAUAUUUGUCCGGUGAGUUGUGGCUGUAGCUCACAGGAAAACAUCCUGGCCAAACCAAGUCAUUGUCCCACUGCUUGUACCUGCGUUGAUAUGGACGAGGCCCUGCAGGAAAAAAGUAGCGAGCUGCCCGCACCCGAUGGUGAGAACCCACCCACCACCUGCGCCGAAGCAGCCGGGAUGAAUAUGUGUUUUGACAUCACCACUAUGCGCCUUUGUAGCCUCAGCUGCGGUACCUGCAACCUGGGCCUCGGCCUCUAAGCGGCGGAAGAUUGACUCCCGAGGCACCACCUUAGGGUGUAGAGACGCCUGCGUGCCUGAGUCUCUAGGAGCUACUAAUUUGGCUAUGGAUAUGAAC